AUGAAGAUUAUUAAAUUUUAUUUUUUUAUUCUUUUUUUCACUAGCUUAUUAUUUGUUUCUAAGGGACAUUUCACUACGUGUACUGGAGUUACUAACAAUUUUGCUUGUUAUUUGAAUAUAAGUCCGCUAGAAAAAGCGUACCAACAUGAUGUUUUUAAAACACUAAAGAGUGUUGAACGUAUGCUAUUUAAUUUGUAUAUCAAAUUAGCUUAUAGAGACAUAAAAUAUUUAUAUAUGUUAAAUUCAGUUUUAAAAUUUAGUUUAACUCAAGAACAAGUGAUGCAAAGUAUACAUUUCCAACAAUUGUUCAAUUUAAAAUUAGUAAAAAUUUAUAAUCAUUUUUUUAAACAUAGGAUGGUCAAUCAAAUUUUAUUAUUAAAUAUGUUUCAAAUAGUAUUUAAAGUACAAAAUUAA